AUGGUCAAAAGAGUAGCUAUAAUAGGAGCAGGGCCAGGUGGACUUGUCACAGGGAAAGUUCUUUUGGCCAAUACCCAUUUCGAAAUUGUACUCUAUGACUGCAACACACAAGUAGGCGGUGUAUGGUGUUAUCCAGAUGACGAGCAAGGAAGGAAAAACAGAGCCAUGUACAAUUCCUUGGAAGCCAAUUUGAGCAAGCAAAUAAUGACCUUCAAUGGAUUCCCAUUUCCUGAUGAUGUUCCAACUUUCCCCAACAGACAGCAAGUUUGGGAAUACUUAGUUUGCUUUUACGAGACGUUCAUCGAGGGUCAAGAACGAAUUGUUACUCAGUUCAACUGUAGAGUUGACCGUCUUCAGAAAACUGGAGACGUGUGGCAUGUCAGCCACAGUAAUGAGAAAGUUGUCGAGGUUUUCGACUUUGUGGUGGUUGCGAAUGGCCAUUUCGAAGCCAUUCACAUACCUUCAGACAUUCCUGGUGCCAACGAAUGGCGCCAAGAAAGGCCAGAUUCGCUUGUCCACUCCAAAGAAUUUCAAUCCAGCGACCGCUUUCGAGGCCAAAGAGUUGUCGUGGUCGGCAACGGUAGUUCGGGGUCGGAUAUUGCCAACCAGAUCAGCUCUGUAGCUCAAUGCGUCUACCACAGUGUCAAAGAAAUUUCCAAGACCGACUGGGACGACAAUCCGGUCGUAACAGCAGUUCCAGUGAUUUCAAAGCUCAAUGUUCGCAAAAAUAGGACUGUGACACUUGAGAAUGGCGAGCAAUUGGAAAAUAUCGACUGCAUAGUAUGGGCCACAGGAUACAUGUAUUAUCUGCCUUUUUUGGGUAGCUACCAGGAACAGAUUCUGGGUACUGGAAAAACUGGAAGGGAUCCGGUUUCCAGACUUCAUGGGCUGUGGAGACAAAUGGUAUUUGCGCAAGACCCCACGCUGGCUUUUGUGCUUCUUUGCAAAAACGUGGUUCCUUUUCCAUUAGCUGAGUCGCAGGCAUGCGUUAUCGCCAAAGUUUUCUGCGGAUCAAUUGAAGUGCCAUCUAUUGACGCUUCUGAAUGGGCUUCGCGCGACGUAAAGGACUAUCACUCGCUCCUAACGCCAAGAGACAUAGAAUAUUGUCGUGAACUUCAAGCAAUUCUGGAUUCCUGUGGUGGAAAAGACGAAGCAGCUCGGCCCAAGGUAUGGGAUAAUCAGCUUGCUGCUCUAAGAUAUCAAACAGGCUCCGCAAAAAAGGAGCGCACCAGGUUAUUGGUUCGCAGAGCAUUGGAAUUGCGAGACAAAGGCCAGGCAUAUUAUUUGGAAUAG